AUGGAUACCUCCUCAGUUCCUCAUCUUGACUACAGUCUGCAGUACCAGUGGUGUUCCGACUCGGACCUCUCCAGCAUCUCCUCCCCAGAGACACUUUCUCCUGUCCACUCCAUGGACUCCAGCCUCUCUCCUGGCUACCAGCAGCUCCCACAGUGCACUCCCAAGGGAGCCAAGACCGGUUAUUCCCAAAGCCUCAAGUCCUCACCGUGCUCCUUGUCCGGACGUGGGCGCAGGACUGGGAGGCCCACUCGGAUCCGGAGCAAGCAGAGGGAGAGCGCCAGCGAAAAGGAGAAAUUAAGGAUGAGGGAUCUGACUAAGGCUCUACAUCACCUCAGGUCCUACCUUCCACCUUCAGUGGCACCUGCCGGACAAAGUCUGACAAAGAUAGAAACCCUCCGACUCACCAUCCGCUACAUCUCCUACCUCUCAUCCCAGCUGGGCCUCAGCGAAGAGGUGCUGUUUCAGAGGAGGGAACGAGCAGACACCUCAGUCAGUGACACGUCAUCCACUGACAUCCUCAGCUACUUCCAGAGUGCUUCCACAGGAGGACAAGUGACUGAGACGCAGAGCCAGAAUCUGAUCCAGAGCAGCCUGUAUCCAACACCAUGUUAUAGCCAGAAUACUGUGCUGCAUUCUGGGAAUUGUAGUAUUGGAGUGGAUCAGCACCACAGACCAUACAAUGAAGCUCCCCAGAGAGAUAUGAGCAUGGACGGUAUCCUACAGUCGCCUCCAGUGCCACAGCCUUCCUGUCAGAUGUGUGGCAAAGACUUCUGCACCCCGCUGGUUUCAAGGGAGUAUUGGGGUUGA